CACUCUGGACUAUUAUAUGGGCACAAUGCUAUAGGGCAACACCUGAUCUCCAGACUUAUAGAGGGUUCCACUGAUGCCCAGAUGCCUCUUAUGGACCACACCCUGCUCUUUGCUAUCUGUGUCUUCCAUGCCCUGGUAUUUGGAGCACAUGCUCUACAGUGUCGAAAAUGCUUCGAAAAAGGAGAAACUUUGGGUGGAAUAUGUAAACCAUUUGACAGGAAGGAUGUCUGUGAAGCCACUAAAACGGAAACCUGUGGUUUAGACAAAUUCUAUGUAGACGGAGAAUUAAAAGCAAUUGUUCGAACUUGUGUAGAGAGAAUCUUUUGUGGUAAAAGAGCUAAAUUUUUCAACAAUAAUCACUUCUAUGAAGACUUCACCUGUUGCAAUGAUCAAGAUUUAUGCAAUGAAUAUUUAUAAAUAUGGCUGAAAUCCACCUGAAGAUCCCUAUAAUACUGAGGGGGGAAAAAUCUGUGCCCUUAUCUCAUAAGCUGUCUUCUUUUGUCUCGCAAGCUGUUGAGUU